CCUGACUUGACCACUGAUCAAUCCAUCACGAUGGGCAAGUUCAGCAAGCGAAUAUCUCAUGAGCCGGGCGGUGACCGUGCGGCUGCCUUGAAACGGCUGGAGGGUGUCAUCAGCCAGAUAGAGGACAUUUUGGAUCUGUUCAAAGCCCCUUCCCUGUCAGUCGGUGUCUAUUAUAAAGGAUCGAAACUAUGGGGAAAGGGCUUUGGUCAUGCGAACCUCGAGACUGGACUAAAGCCCGAUUCAAAAACGGUCUACUCUAUCGGUUCUUGCACCAAAGGCUUCACCGGAACCGCCCUGAGCCUUCUUGCGGAACAAGGGGCCAUUAAUCUGAGCGCUCCCGUAUCAUCCAAGAUCCCAGAGCUCAAGACGGUGGAGAACCCAGUAGUGGCCAAGAAGAUGACCGUCCGGGACAUGCUCUCCCACUGCGCAGGCCUCUCCACUAUGCCGUUCGAGGUCUUGGGUAGGCAUGGCGAAGUCUUUGCCAAGCAUGAGGAUAUUGUGCGCAUCUUCAACCACCUGCCACGAGCCGCUGAGUUCAAGUCAGAGUGGAUGUACAACAACUGGCUCUUCGCUCUUGCUGGGACUCUCGUCGUUCAGGAGUCCAAUCUUUCCUAUGGGGACUUCAUUCAGAAGGAGAUUUUGGAGAAAAUCGGCAUGAACAGAACCUUCACCAGUGCGUCUGUCGAUAAAAAUCACGCCUUGCCCUACCUAGUAUUUGACGACAAAGACCCCAUGGCCGUCGAUCUUCCUAGUCUAGAUGACGGAGUAGCAUUUGACAGUUCAGGAGCCAUCCGGUCUUGUGUUGAUGACCUCUUACUAUGGUCCAGCAAACUCAUGCAAGCCUGGAGGACUGCGAACCCGUCUCACCGUCACGCUCAGUACAAACCAAGUCGAGAUCCUGGAUGUUUCAUCAGCCCUGCUCGUCUGUUCUCUCAGCUUGGAACGUGGUGGAAGAAGCAGCGGCACAACGACAAGCAGCUCAUGUUAGCCCUAGCUACCGCACAGACACCACAUUUUCCGCUUGCUGGAGACAAGAAGCAGCAGUACGCGCUUGGGUUAUUCAACUUACAUCUCCCAACCACAGAGAUGAACGUUGUCACAAACCCUGACGUCAAUAGCCGUGACUACUCCAUUGGUAAGGGCUGUGGAGACCGGCUAGUGAUUGGUCAUACCGGAGAACUGGGUGGUUUUCUUUCUGCGUACUGGACAUUUCCAGAAGACGACUGUGCUAUUGUCGUCCUCACCAACUCUUUCCAGAUCAACGGAGAUCCAACCAAUGUCGUCGCGCAGCUCCUGGCGCAGGCCCUCUUUGACAUGAGACCCGCUGUUAAUUUCGUUGAGGUGGCUGAGAACCUCGUUUCCAAGGCCAAGGGUCGAUGGAGUACCAUCGAAAGGGAGUGGACCGCCCAUCGAAUUCUCAACACCUGUCACAAGUCUUUGACUGCUUAUGUUGGCGAAUAUGCAAACGAAGGCCUAGCUAUGACCCUGAGAGUCUCUCUUUCUGGAGAUCCAGAGUACCCACUUCGUUUGUGUAUCAAUGGCCUCAACAGCCAGGUGUUUGAGCUGUACCACUACCAUACAGACUCAUGGACUUUUCUGGGUGAAAGCCGAGAUGAUUGCAUCGAAAAGGGCUAUUCCAUGUAUCUGCUGAGCUGGGAAUCUUGGAUCAUCGACUUUGAUCUCUUUGAAAACGACCGGUUUUGCAAAGUCAAAUGGAGGCUCGACACUGAUAAGCGACUUGACUCUCAGACGUUUCUACGGAAAUGA